CAAUGAUGGCCUUAAACCAAGUGUCUCAGUGACACUUCUUCCUGUGUCAAACGUGAACAGUCCGCGACUCUGACUUCCUGCUGACAUUUGAAAUCAAGGAUUCAAGCAGUAGGUUAAAGAGACUAAGAAGAGUGAGCAGCCAUGGCACAUCUAAUUGACAAUGAGGUUUUCCUUGCCUUCUCCACUUACGCCACCAUAGUGAUCCUGAAGAUGAUGCUAAUGGCUCCAAUGACAGGGUUCUUUCGUUUUAAAAACAAGGCAUUUUCAAACCAGGAGGACCUUUGGUUGGCUAAGAAUCCAGAGGAGAAGAAGAAGAUGAUGCGGCCCGACGAUCAGGUGGAGCGUGUUCGGAGAUGCCACCAGAAUGACCUGGAGAACAUAAUUCCCUUCAUCGUGAUUGGCAUGCUCUAUGCCCUGACUGGUCCGGACCUGGCCACUGCUGUGCUCCACUUCCGGGUCUUUGUGGUCUCCAGGAUCUGCCACACGGUGUCCUAUGUGCUGGUUCUUCCCCAGCCCAGCAGAGCUCUGUCCUGGGUCACGGGCAUGUUCGCCACCUUCUCUAUGGCCUACAAGGUCCUCAGCCCCCUCCAUCUUUAAAGGCCACAUUUUGUCUUUGGGAUGACACCUGUGCACACACACCCUUCCUAACAUGACUCAGACACACAAGCUUCAUUUAUAGUACAUCAAAUUAAAGUAUAUUCAUUCAAAUUCUCAUUCA